CAUACAUCCUCUACUCUCUCCCUACACAUCUGCUUUCUUGGAAACCCUUCGUGAUGGCAUUCGCAUCCGUGCUUCCCCUAUCUAUCAAGAUCCCAACCGUCUAUUCUUCUUCAUUUCCUUCUUCUUGGAUUAGGAAUCCGCAGCUAGCUGGUUCCAGGUCCUUCGUCGUUAUCUGCUGUUCAUCACGCAAAUCUCUCAAUAACAGCGCUCUCCUGGACAAUGCAGAGCCGAAGAAGUGGCAAGCACUUGUUUCGACGGCGUUAGCGGCUGCCAUUAUCAGCUUCAGCUCAGGAAUGCCUGCCCUUGCUGACCUAAACAAGUACGAAGCGGAAACCCGCGGCGAGUUCGGGAUUGGCUCCGCUGCGCAAUUCGGCUCUGCUGAUCUCAAGAAGGCAGUUCAUGUCAAUGAGAACUUCAGACGAGCCAACUUCACCUCUGCUGAUAUGAGGGAAUCCAAUUUCAGUGGGUCCACAUUUAAUGGUGCUUAUCUUGAGAAGGCUGUUGCAUAUAAGGCAAACUUUUCAGGUGCGGAUUUGAGCGACACGUUGAUGGAUCGCAUGGUUCUUAAUGAAGCAAACUUCACAAAUGCUGUGCUUGCUAGAUCAGUUCUCACCCGGAGUGAUCUUGGGGGUGCAAUCAUCGAAGGUGCUGAUUUCAGUGAUGCUGUUUUGGACCUUCCCCAGAAGCAGGCUUUGUGCAAGUAUGCAAGCGGGACAAAUCCCAUAACUGGGGUCAGCACAAGAACAAGUCUCGGAUGUGGAAACAGUCGCCGUAGUGCCUAUGGUACCCCAUCUUCACCACUGCUAAGUGCCCCACCAAAGAAACUGCUUGAUCGGGAUGGGUUCUGUGAUCCAACCACUGGCCUCUGUGAUGCCAAGUAAGCUGAGCUCAAUACCACAAAAUUCCAGUACAAUUUGUAUAUAGCCGCAGGGCAGAGAGAGAGAGAGAGAGAGAGAGAGAGAGAGGGGUGUAAGGUGUAAUUGUUAUAUUCCCUAUCUGUUGGCAACCCUAUAUACUGUAAAUUCAUCUUUGUUGAGGCAUUGCAAAAAUGAGUUGUCUUAGUCUUUUAUUUCAAGAAAAUUGCAGACCCAAAUCUACAAAAACAGAUCCUCAUUUCGUUUA